CUGCUUUGGCCCAUCCACGCCUGCUGGGCCACACUUCUGCAGAAGCUACCCAUGGAUCUCCUAACACCCAGGAAGCUGAUAAUCACACCAGGCAGAGCUUUAGCUGAUGCUUGAUGCUUCUGGCAGCUGAGACUGCUACAGGGAAGGACAGAGCUCCAGAGGGAGAAGGGCAGUGAGCCCUGCAGGGACAUGGGCAGGUAGCGAGGUGGGUGGCCAGGGCCCUCUCUCUCUCUCUCACUUGGUUUCUGUAAUGAGGAAGUUCUCUGCAGCUCAGUUUCCUUUCCCUGCUGAGCGCCCGAAACAGGAAGUCAGUCAGUUAAAGCUGGUGGCAGCAGCCGAGGCCACCAAGAGGAGACAGACAGCAGGUUGCAGUGCAGGGGCCUCAGCUCCCCUCAGCGGCUUGUCAGUGCUGGGGUGGCCGCCAGCCCAGCCGGACAAGGCCAACGCCCGCCAUGGUCCCCUGCUGGAACCACGGCAAUAUCACCCGCUCCAAGGCAGAGGAGCUGCUGUCCAGGACGGGCAAAGAUGGGAGCUUCCUCGUGCGCGCCAGCGAGUCCAUCUCCCGGGCCUACGCGCUCUGUGUGCUAUAUCGAAACUGUGUUUACACCUACAGAAUUCUGCCCAACGAAGAUGAUAAAUUCACCGUUCAGGCGUCGGAAGGUGUCCCCAUGAAGUUCUUCACCACGCUGGACCAGCUCAUUGAGUUUUACAAGAAGGAAAACAUGGGGCUGGUGACCCAUCUGCAGUACCCUGUGCCCCUGGAGGAGGAGGAUGCAGGUGACGACCCUGAGGAGGACACAGAGAGCAUCGUGUCUCCGCCCGAGCUGCCCCCGAGGAACAUCCCUCUGCCUGCCGGGGCCUGUGAGGCCAAGGAGGCGCCUCCUUCGAUAGAGAAUCCCCGAGCACCCGAGGUCAGCCGGCCAAGCCUCGCAGAGACUCUGCUUCAGCGACUGCAGAACCUGGACACCAGCGGGAUUCCAGAAGAGCAUCUUAAAGCCAUCCAAGAUUAUUUAAGUACUCAGCUCACCCUGGACUCUGAAUUUGUGAAGACAGGGUCCAGCAGUCUUCCCCACCUGAAGAAACUGACCACACAGCUCUGCAGGGAGCUCUAUGGGGAAGUCGUCCGGACCCUCCCAUCCCUGGAGUCUCUGCAGAGGUUGUUUGACCAGCAGCUCUCCCCCGGCCUCCGUCCACGUCCUCAGGUGCCCUGUGAGGCCAGUCCCAUCAACAUGGUGUCCAAGCUGAGCCAGCUGACGAGUCUGCUGUCCUCCAUCGAAGAUAAGGUCAAGGCCUUGCUGCACGAGGGUCCCGAGUCCUCCCACCGGCGUUCCCUCAUCCCUCCUGUCACCUUUGAGGUGAAAUCAGAGUCUCUGGGGAUCCCUCAGAAAAUGCAGCUGAAAGUCGACGUGGAGUCUGGGAAACUGAUUAUUAAGAAGUCCAAGGAUGGUUCUGAGGACAAGUUCUACAGCCACAAGAAAAUCCUGCAGCUCAUCAAGUCACAGAAGUUUCUAAACAAGUUAGUGAUUUUGGUGGAAACCGAAAAGGAGAAGAUCCUACGGAAGGAAUAUGUUUUUGCCGACUCCAAAAAGAGAGAAGGCUUCUGCCAGCUGCUGCAGCAGAUGAAGAACAGGCACUCGGAGCAGCCGGAGCCCGACAUGAUCACCAUCUUCAUUGGCACCUGGAACAUGGGUAACGCCCCCCCUCCCAAGAAGAUCACGUCCUGGUUUCUCUCCAAGGGGCAGGGAAAGACGCGGGACGACUCUGCCGACUACAUCCCCCAUGACAUUUAUGUGAUCGGCACCCAGGAGGACCCCCUGGGUGAGAAGGAGUGGCUGGAGAUCCUCAAACACUCCCUGCAAGAAAUCACCAGCAUCACUUUUAAAACAGUCGCCAUCCACACGCUCUGGAACAUCCGCAUUGUGGUGCUGGCCAAGCCAGAGCACGAGAACCGUGUCAGCCACAUCUGCACAGACAACGUGAAGACGGGCAUCGCCAACACCCUGGGGAAUAAAGGAGCUGUGGGGGUGUCCUUCAUGUUCAAUGGAACCUCCUUGGGGUUUGUUAACAGCCACUUGACUUCUGGAAGUGAAAAGAAACUCAGGAGAAACCAAAACUACAUGAACAUUCUCCGGUUCCUGGCCCUGGGAGACAAGAAGCUGAGUCCCUUCAAUAUCACCCACCGCUUCACACACCUCUUCUGGCUCGGGGAUCUCAACUACCGCGUGGAUCUGCCCACCUGGGAGGCUGAAACUAUCAUCCAGAAAAUCAAGCAGCAGCAGUAUGCAGAUCUGCUGUCCCACGACCAGCUGCUCACAGAGAGGAGGGAGCAGAAGGUUUUCCUGCACUUCGAGGAGGAAGAAAUCACGUUUGCGCCAACCUACCGUUUUGAAAGACUGACUCGGGACAAGUACGCCUACACGAAGCAGAAAGCAACGGGGAUGAAGUACAACUUGCCCUCCUGGUGUGACCGAGUCCUCUGGAAGUCUUACCCCCUGGUGCACGUGGUGUGUCAGUCCUACGGAAGUACCACCGACAUCAUGACAAGUGACCACAGCCCUGUCUUUGCCACAUUUGAGGCUGGGGUGACUUCCCAGUUUGUCUCAAAGAAUGGCCCUGGAACCACCGACAGCCAAGGGCAAAUCGAGUUCCUCAGGUGCAACGCCACGCUGAAGACCAAGUCCCAGACCAAGUUCUACCUGGAGUUCCACUCGAGCUGCCUGGAGAGUUUUGUCAAGAGUCAGGAAGGAGAAAAUGAAGAAGGAAGCGAAGGGGAGCUGGUGGUUAAGUUUGAGGAGAGCCUUCCGAAGCUGAAGCCCAUUAUCUCUGACCCCGAGUACCUGCUGGACCAGCACAUCCUAAUUAGCAUUAAGUCCUCUGACAGCGACGAAUCCUACGGUGAGGGCUGCAUUGCCCUCCGGCUAGAGGCCACAGAAACCCCACUGCCCAUCUACACGCCCCUGACCCACCAUGGAGAGAUGACUGGCCACUUCCGGGGGGAAAUCAAGCUGCAGACCUCCCAGGGCAAAAUGAGGGAGAAGCUCUACGACUUUGUGAAGACAGAGCGGGAUGAGUCCAGUGCCCCCAAGUCCUUGAAGAGCCUCACCAGCCACGACCCCAUGAAGCAGUGGGAACCUGCCUGCAGGGUCCCAAUGUGUGGUGGCUCCAGCAUCACAGAAAUCAUCAAUCCGAACUACAUGGGGGUUGGACCCUUCGGGCAGCCAAUGCCCAUGAAGCAGACCCUGUCCCCAGACCAGCAGCCCACACCCUGGAGCUAUGACCAACCACCCAAGGACUCCUCCCUGGUGCUGGGAAAGGGAGAGAGUCCUCCGACACCUCCCUGCCAGCCACCCCUAUCACCUAAGAAGUUUUCGUCCUCAGCAGCAAACCGGGGACCCUGCCUCAGGACACAAGAAUCAAGGCCGGGUGACCUGGGGAAGGGGGCGGAAGCGCUGGAGGACCUGCCGCUGAGCAAGCCGGAGAUGUUUGAGAACCCACUGUAUGGGUCCAUGAGCCCCUUCCCAAAGCCUGCGCCCAGGAAGGAGCAGGAAUCGCCCAAAACGCUGCGGAAGGAGCCCCCUCCCUGCCCGGAGCCCGGGAUCUUGACGCCCAGCAUCACGCUCAUCAAAGCCCAGGAGGCUGACCGCAGCGAGGGCACCAGCAAGCUAGUCCCCGCACACCGGCUGCGCUCCUUCACCUGCUCGUCCUCCUCUGCGGAGGGCAGAGCGGCAGCCGGGGACAAGGGCCAAGGGAAGCCCAAGGCCCCGGCGAGCUCCCAGGCCCCCGUGCCUGCCAAGAGACCCAUCAAGCCUUCCCGGUCGGACAUGAGCCCGCAGACGGUCCCGGCCCCCACGCCGCGGCCACCCCUGCCCAUCAAGAGCCCUGCAGUCCUUCACCUGCAGCACUCCAAGGGCCGUGACUACCGUGACAGCAGCGAGCUCCCACACCAUGGCAAGCCUCGCCCGGAGGAGGGGUCGCUCAGCAGGACAGCGGCACAGUGAAGCCCUUGGAGAGCUGCUGGCGAGUCCGGAGCCCAGAGGAACAGCACGAAGCCCCUCGGACCCUCUCUCGGGCCCUCCUGUGGACUCCAUCCACUAGCUUCCCAUGCAAGGUUUCAUAUUUUUCAGAAAAGGGCCUGGCUUCCCUGUGGUACCAGACGUGCACUGUCUGCAAAACUUGGCACACAGUGUGGACAUGGACAGAGGUCAGAAGGAAAUACAUGUACCAGACAGGCAACGACCAACCUGGUCCCUAGCUUGACCUUGGUACUUGGGACCCCAGUGCCUUGUUCAGGUCAUCAUUUUGAAGAAAGGAACUGAAGCACCGUUUGAAGGUGGAGACAUAAAUAAUAGUAAUGUUAAUAAUAAUAAUGGGCACGUGAAGUGAGCACUCACUGCGCCUGGUGCCGUCCUAAGUGCUUUAUGAACAUUAUGUCAGGACAACCUCGAGAGCCGGGUCUCCAGACAACUAAAACUACACGCCCAAACCCACCAGUUCAAAGUGGCGUGUGUCCUGAGGGGUUUGGACAAAGCAUUAAGAAGGCCAGCGCCCUCCUGGAGCCAGACAAGGGCUCGGCCUUAAGGAGCUGAAGCAUCUGAAUGGCUAAUUUAGGGUACAAAGAGCCCUCUCUAGCUUCAGUGAUGCCUGCUGCUUUAGCUAAAGCCUAGGUGUUGGGCGGGGGAGUGGCUCUGGCUUAGCUGAGCAGAGGGCAGGGAUCUACCCUGCUUCUCAAUUCCUCAGUUGGAAGUGGCCUGCUGUCCAGCGGAGACAUCCGGCUUUAGCCUGGGCUAGGGAGGCUGAGGCCUGUGCUGGGUUCCUCAUGUCCUCAAAGUGGGCAGCCAGCCCGGGCUGAGCCAAGCCCCUCAACACUUAUCCCAUUGUGCUGGUGGAAGAGUUUCAGCCAUGGCUCCCAAGUCCUCUCCUAACAGAGCCCCCCACCUGGCCUCCUUGGAGGUCAGGCCUUGAAGUUUGGACUCUCAGCAUAGCACACGCAUGGCUUUUUUGUCCCAGCUCUAUGGCUUUCAGUUGCUUCCUUGGUUACUAGAAUAGAUCAGUGACGUCUUCCCUUGUGUUGCAUUUUGCAUAGGAAGCCCAAUCCAGAGGUGUGAUGAACACAAGAGAAGGGAUACAAGCCCCACGUUCCCCCAGGUGUAGUCUCUGUGAACAAUAAAUCCAUUGUGCUUCUCACACUCAGCUCCAGUCUGUGUGCCAAUUUUUCCCCAGACAUUCAGAGCUUCAGACACAUUUCCAGACUGCAGGGCCUGCAUAGCAGUAGCCGGCGGAAGGAGGCAGCGGGAGUGGUGACUGGAGGGCAUUGCCUUGACCAGAUGAGACACCACAGAGGCAGUUUGGAGCCAGGCCUGGACCAGGAACAGGAGUGGACAUCUUCCAUGGGCACAUC